AUGUGUAAAAGGACAUUUACCAUCAAGAGCAGCCCCCACCCGCCAAGCCGCCACCUACUAUCCGGUCCCUGGGCAGAACCCACAAGGCAACCGACAACCAAACGGAGGAAAAGGAAAAAUUCCACCAGCAGCACUUCCAACAGUAGUGCUGGCAACAAUGCCAACAGCACUGGCAGCAAGAAGAAGUCCACGGCCGCAAACCUGAGUCUGUCCAGUCAGGAUGUGAUGGUGGUAGGAGAGCCAACUCUGAUGGGAGGUGAGUUUGGGGACGAGGACGAAAGGCUAAUCACUAGAUUAGAAAACACGCAAUAUGAUGCGGCCAACGGCAUGGACGACGAGGAGGACUUCAACAAUUCACCUGCCCUGGGGAACAACAGCCCGUGGAACAGUAAACCUCCCACCACUCAAGAGACCAAAUCAGAAAACCCCCCACCCCAGGCUUCUCAAUAAGAUGAUGGGCACCAGAAUCCAUUGUCAAUAGGCCCGUGGGUGAUCAUUAAAAUGGCAGAUCUUGACCUACAGGAGAGGAAAAAGGAGAAACAAAAACUUUUCCAUGCAUAUAUCUAUUUCUAAACCACAAUGAUCUGAUUUCCUUUCUUCUUUUUUUCUAACUGAGAGGAUUAUUCCAAAUAAGCUUCCAUGACCCUUUCUUGGAGGGCUUCACAGGUAAUACAUAUACUGGCACUGAUCAUAAUUAAAAUGAGAGAAAAUGCUAGCACAUCUCCUGGCACGGUUUUAACAACGUGUUUGUGUUGAAUUUCCUUUUUAUGUAUCAAACGAAGGCCAUAUUGUCCACAAAUGCUCAGUGCUCAGGAUAUCGUGAAUAUGCCGAAUCUAACCACAGAUGACUUUUUAAUAUUGUAAAAUAUUUUCUGCUUUUUGACUUGCACCUGAGAGUUUCUUGUUUCAGUAAAAAAAGAAAAGACAAAAAAUCAGCUUUGGAAAGUAAUUUAAAUGUACCUUCAUUUUUUUUCCUAUGUUUUAUUUUAUUGGGCAACAGCGAAGAAGGCCCAGCCAGGUAAUUUAUGGUCUAGCUGAUGUCAAUUGGUUCUGGAGUCUGAGUUGGCUCAAUUUAGCCUCAGUGCUGAAACAAGAAAUGUCUUUCUGUCAUCAGACACCAGGGCAGAUUUUUAUGUAAAGAAAGGCAAUUGGACCUUUGAGAAUUUAUGCAUUUGUAAAGUUGCUGUUGAUCCAAAUAUUUUCAAGCCAUGUAAUACAUUACUUUUGUGGGCAGUUUAAUAAAUCUGAAACUUUUUGUGUUUUUAAUUGUACUUGAGUUGACCGGUUUUUCUUUUCAUGGUAUAUUUCUUGUAUGAUAUUUUGUAAAGCCAUCACCUGGUUCUUUUAUGGGGAUUUUUCUUUUUCUGAGCAAUUCCAGUGUAUUUAUGUGAAACUUUAUAAGAGAACUAAUUUUUCCAUUUGCAUAUUAAUAUGUUCCUUCACAAAUGUAAAGACACAGUGGCUCCGUGUGUUUAAAAAAAAAAACAGCUGUAUUUUAUGUAUGCUUUACUGAUAAGUGUGCCAAUAAUAAACUGUGUUAAUGACCAAA